AUGCCCGCUGGCGUAUCUUGGGGUCAAUAUAUGAAAUUCAUGGGCUGCGCCCUGCUGGCCAUGAUGGCUGGCUCACAGUCUGUCCAUUUAUAUUUUAAGCCAUUGGAUGAUCUACCAGCAUACAUAGAGCGAGAGCAGAAACAGUCAGUCAGCAGUAAGAACGAAGCCACUGCUAGUUGAGUUCAAAUUAAACAUUAAAUAUUUCACCUCCUGGAGAGAAA